AUGGAUGAAAAAGCGUAUGCUUUGUCACAAGGAGACCAGAUCUUGGAUCAGCUCCGGCAGUACGAUGAGAAGAAACACGGAAAUCACAUGUUCCGCAACAAAAGCUCUGACUCUCAGCUUAACUUGAGAUUUCCUACACAAAUAGCAAGAAUUCCGUUGAACAGAUCUAGAAAUGCCAGCGUAAGCAGUAGGUUAUCUGAGAAAUUACGGGAAAGCACACGAGCUGGCGAAGACGAGGAUAAUGGUGAACCUUCGAGAAUCGAUACGGCGAAGUACGAGGAUAACAGUACUUCUACAGCUACUGCCUGUUCCACCAGGGCACUGGAUAUGAACGAAGGAGAUUUGAACAACGAACUACUAAAUUCCCAGCUUAAUCUAUUGAGACUAUCAAGAAGUGGGCGGGCAAGAAGAGGAUCGAAGGAUGGAGAUGGAAGGAACAAGUUGGACUUGAACGAGCUUCUGCCUACUCAAGAGUAUACGUCCUUGAAGAUCGAAGACAUUAAACCACGGUAUGUCCCACCAAUCAAUUUUGCCAUAGUAGAGAGCGAGUUGUAUCGAUCUGGUCAUCCUCAACCUAUCAACUUUCUGUUCUUGAAAACGUUGAGACUCAAGACGAUCAUCUAUCUUGGUGAUAAAGAAGACAACUAUGAUUAUUACAGGUGGAUUAAGGAUAAUGGGAUCAGCUUCAAGUUUUUCAAGAUGAAAGAAGUUGGUAGAGCAGGCUAUAAUCACGCUGCUGACGGAGAGCAUGCCAUCGCCCACAGUCAGACCGUGAUGAACUCCGUUCUCAAUCUUAUGUUGAAUAGAGACAACUAUCCGAUGCUUAUCCACUCAAAUAAGGGUAAGCACCGUGUAGGUGUACUAGUAGGUUUGGUGAGAGCCUACUUACAAGGAUGGACACUGAGUGGAGCCUUUGAUGAAUACGGUAAAUUCAGUCAUGAGAAAGGAGACUACGAUUUAGAGUUUGUGGAGAUGUUCCAGCCGAAACUCAAAGUGGAUCCAUCGAAGAAACCGGAGUUUGUCAAAGUUGGAGAUAGAACAACAGCAUGUAGUAGUAAUUAA